AUCUGAAAAACCUAUUAAAAACCCUGGUUUAAUAGAGCACGUCACCUGCAUAAUUCUCUCUGUUUAUGCUUCUCCUUCAUCACCAGGGUUUUGCCUUUCCCUUACUGGUGUUGCAAUGGGCAUAGACUUGAAAAAUUUACCAUGGGCUGGAAACGUAUACAACCAGCUCGAGUCCCUUGUUCAGGAUGUCGAUGAGUUUAUGAGCCAGGACCCUGUGAAAUUGGUCGAAAACCAGAUGCAAAAUGUUGGUACGAAUUUCAAAAGAAUAUACUCUAAUGUGUUGCAAGAUUUAUUCCGUUUUGAGGACAUUGGGGACAUUGGAAGCCCUAAAUCACAGUCAGUGGACCCUACUUGCAUUGAUGAAGAACAGCCGUCGGUGAAUCAAGAUUCCGUUGAUAAUACGGAAAACUCCGAUGCGCCAUUGCCGAUUGAAUGUACGCCUCUUCAUGCAGAUUCUUCACAAGAAUCGGAGACUUGUCAACAGCAUUUGAGAGAACAUGAACAUAGUGAAACUGUCAUAAUGAAUGAAAUAUUUACUGAAACCUCUAGUCAAUGUGAUGAAAAUUCCAAACUAGCCAUUGAAAAGGAACAAGGGAAGGAACAAGGGGUUUUUAACGAACGGAAAGGGGACGAUGGCCCUUCAAUUGAAGGUGAGUGGGUACCUAAUAAUAUUCCGAGCUGUCGUUUGUCUUUGUCUGAGAUUCAGUUACGGUUGUUACUUGCGUAUUCAAGUUUUGAUCCAUAUUAUGAUGAAUAUAUUGACCUGUAUGCACCACAAGCAGAAGAAGAAGGUUAUAGUCUUGAGAUGGAUUUACCCAUUGAUUUGGCUGAUGGAACUCUUUGUCGCAAGUUCUCGAUGAAAGAUACUUUUGAUUCGUCGAGCUCUAUCCAAUUACCUGAAAUUGUCAAUUGUGAUGAUGACGAUGAAGAGAUGGGGUUUACGAAAUCCACUUAUUCUACGUCCACAAAGUGUUCUUAUACUUUGGCAAUCGAGAGGCCUGAAAACAUCUCCCGCUUUCCUGCUGAACCUGAUGACUUUGCUUAUGAAAGGAAAAUCGAGGACAUGCUUCCUUCUUUUCUACUCUCGGAAUUAUACGGUGGUAGUUCUUUCCCGACAGAUAGGCCAGAUUCUCCACUUGGUUCGUUUGAAACGAGGCAUGAACAAUCGUACGAACAUGAUCAAUCAGAAACUGCAGUAAUUCCAUCUGAAACUGGAACCUCGUCCGAAUUUGGUGUUGGUAUUGAUGAUGAUAAUAUGGAAACAGUGAACCUCUCCCCUAAAGUGAAGCACAAUGCGACAAGUGUUGGCUCGAACGUUGACCUUGCCCAUUCUGCACCUCGUAGAAGAAAAGAUUUCAAGUAUUUUAAGAAUGUAAUACAGGGUGCAUUCACCUCUCAAAAGAGAUUGACCAAGGAAUACGAGCAUUUAGCCGUACUGCAUGGGGAAAUUGAUUUGGAAUCAAGUCAGAAUUUCGAGGCAAGUUCAAUAACCAUUCAUUCGGUUAAGAGCGAAUCCGACUGGGAGCUGCUCUGAAUGUUAGUUUUUUCCAUUAAUCGUUUAGACAAUUGCUGAUAAACGGUAUCUAUUUACGAUAAAGCUAAAAGCUACGGUUUUUUUU